AUGUCCAGGAUGUUCAUGAAAUUUUCUGGCUUCAAGAGGCGAAGAAACAGCAGGAAGAAGCUGAAAAGUACAUCUCGUUUGUUUCUUGGCUUGGGGAAGAGGAAGUUCCGGCUUGCAAAGAAGAAACGCCGCAAGUCCAUGUUGAAGAACACCUCUCGAUUUAUGAUGAGGUUCAAGGCCAGCAAAAAGAGAAAAAAGGAGAAAGAGGCUAAAGAGAGGGCAGCAAAUAGUGGGAAAAAGCCAACCUACAUGCUACUACGGAUUGGGGGUAUAGGAGAUGAGAAGAAGGGGGGCUUCUUUAAAGGCUUAUUCAAAAAAAAGGAUGGUGAUGAGCCUGCUGAUGGCUUCAAGAACAGAAGUGCAUUGUUGGGUAAGGUCGCAGCAGCAACUAACUGGCUGACCAAACGUUUUCUGUCCACAAAAAUGCAUGGAAAUGGAGGACGCCAUGGGUGGGGUGGACGUAGGGCUCAUACCAGGCGUGCAAGCUCUAGAGGUCAUCACCACGGCUACUAUAACAAUGGCUAUGAGGAUGAAGAGGAUGCUUAUGGGUAUGAUCAGGGUCAUUCAUCCCGUCAGAAAGGUUAUGGAGGCUACAUUGAUGCCUAUGGCGGCUAUGUAGACGAGGCAAGUGCUGCUUAUGGAGGCCAGGCUCAGUAUGGUUAUGACAAUGGAGCAGGGGGUGCGGACUAUCAAGACUUGGGUUACUAUGAAGAAGAGGGCCUUUAUGAUCCAAAUUCUGAAUAUUAUGAAGGUGGUCUUUACAAUGAGGGCAUGGGAGACUACUAUGACCCAUACUCACAGGCCCAAGGAUACUAUAACAACCAGGAAGCAGAUUACUAUGGUUAUCAGCAUCAACAAGCCAUGUAUGGUGAUGAGAGUCUGGACUACUAUGCACUGAUGGGUGAGGGGCAUAUGUACGCAGGAGAAGUAGAUGGUUUCCUUGACCCUCAAGCUCAGGGUUACUAUGAUACAACAGGUCAAGGGCUAUACUAUGACGGACAAGGAGGCUACUUUGACAGUGGACAGGCAGGAUAUUAUGACAACCCUUAUGCAGCAACUAUGGGAAUGCAAGAUGGAUUUCCACAAGAUUUUCAGCUUAGGUAUAGUGAUACUGGCAUGCCUUACCAAGACUUCAGUUCUCAACAGGCCAUUGGUAUGCCACAAGCAGGCCAGCAGGUUGCUGGAUUUGUAGGGCAAGGGAUGGAUCAGGUACAGGGCAUGUAUGGGGACCAGUUUGCAGACCAGUUGGAUCAAUUUGGAGACGAUACUGGUGGAGUUCAGGGAGGGGAGAUGACAUUUAGAGUUCCAAGACCUCAAGUGCGCCUAUUUGGGAAAGAGCGUUUAGAUGUGCCCUUACCCCCUCCACCUACUUUGCCACCUGAUCCAGAAUUUGAGAACAUGUCUGAAAUCCAGUAUGAAGACCAGAUUCCUCUUGCACCUGGGGAUAUGAUGUCAAUGCAGCAACAGAUGGGAAUGCCACCACAACAACAAAUAAUGAUGUCUCCUCAAGAACAAAUGAUGAUGGCCUCUCAACAACAAAUGGUGUUGCCCCCACAUGAACAAAUGAUGAUGCCCCCACAGAUGUCCCCACAGCAGCAGAUGAUGCCCCCACAACAGCAAAUGAUGCCCCCACAGCAGCAGAUGAUGUCACCACAGCAGCAAAUGAUUUUACAACAAGAACAGAGUAUGUCCCCCCAAAUGAUGCCACAGCAGACUCUGUUCCCACAGCAACAAAUGAUGCUACCACAGCAGCAAAUAAUGCCUCAACCUAUAAUGUCACCACAACAACAGGCUAUAUCACCACCAAUGAUGUCACCACAAGAGCAGAUGAUGAUGGCACAGCAGCAGGCGGUGUCUCCGCAAAUGAUUUCACCACAGCAAAUGAUGACGGACCCAAUGAUGAUGUCACAACAACAGGGCUAUAGUCCAGUACAGAUUCCUACUCCAACUGCAAUGAUUAUAAAGCAAGCAGGUAUGUCCCCCCUUGCAGGACGACGUAUGCAACCUUCUCCAGCUCCGUCUCGCCGCUCUGUUAUGCUGGCCUCCCCACAGAUGCAGCGGCAUCCUUCUGCCGUUGCUUCCCCUUUGCCCUCUCCAAUGCUUGCACAGAGACGUAUCCCCUCCCCACAACCAUCCAUGAGAAGUGGGUUCAUUAGUCCCCAAAGACCCCCUUCUGUCAUGUCAAGACGAAUCUCACCUCAUCCUUCCCCAGUGGCCUCACCCCUUGCUCAUCCUAGAAUGCAACCUCAAAGAUCGCCUUCUCCACUUGCCAGAAGACCCUCACCUCCUCACUCACCCCGUGCCUCCAUGAUCCGGCGGAGUCCUCCCCCCUCACCAAGGGCAUCAAUGAGACAGCGUUCUCCACCACCCCUCUCACCCCGUGCAUCAAUGAGGAGACAAAGUCCACCACCCUCUCCCACUCCAGCCCGUAGCCCAUUUGGAGUUAGAAGGAUGCCAGGGGCAACAUCCCCUCCCCUCUCCCCUGGUCAUGCAUCUCCCCCUCUUUCUCCACGGCUCAGUCGGAGACCUUCUCCCUCUCCUUCCCAAACUCGUCGCAGUGUAUCACCUGCAGGGCCCCCAGGUUCACCUACUCUCUCUCGACGCUCUACUCGAUUGCUUAGGGACCCUACACCAUUGGCCCGGCCUAGGAUGGGGGGAAAUGUACCCUUAGGUACUGUCAGACCCUCACCUAUGGGUCUACGUGGACGACCUGUUCCCCCACCAACCCAGAAUGUGCGUCCAUUUCGUACCUCCUCAGUUCGGAGCAAUAGAUCUUCUGUUCUCACCAUAGACUCCUCCCUCCUCUCCUCUCCUUUUCACUCCCCACAUAUGGUCCACCGUGCUCCUCUGGGUAGAAGAGAAUCUGGCCGGUUUCCUCCUCGUCCUGUGGCUCGAGGUCGCCCCUUAAUGGCACGGCAGUCUAUAAGAAGUAUGCCCCCUGCCUCUCCACAGCCCUCCCUGAAACACAUGGCACAUCCUGCAUCCCCACGCUUCUCUCCUCGACUUUCUCGUCGAUCCUCCCCCCUCCUGUCACCUCGAGCUGCUCAUUCACCUGUUUAUGCCCCAGAAGCAUAUGCGCCUGACCAAUUCGCAGAUCCUUACAUGGACCAGGCACAGCAGUUCAUUGCUCCCUCUUCUCCAGUGUUAUCUGGUGCUUUGCAAAACCAGGCUAUUCGACAGGCCUCUUAUGUUUCUCCUCUUGGCCCACAGCCAGCCCAAGUUGCAGGCAUGGGUGGCGAAUACAUAGACCCCUAUGUUUCUGCAUCACCAACGCUUUCUGGUGCAAUGCAAAACCAAGCUAUUCGAGAUGCUUCAUAUGUUUCUCCACUGCAGAGGCCAGUGUCGCCUUAUGGACAACCAAUGGCCCCUUCAUCUCCCAUGUUGUCUGAAGCUCUUCAGAAUCAAGCUUUACAAGAUGCAUCUUAUGUUUCUCCUUUUCAAAGACCAAUGUCCCCUUAUGAACAGCCAAUGGCCCCUUCUUCCCCAAUGUUGUCUGGAGCUUUACAAAACCAGGCUGUGAGAGAUGCCUCCUAUGUGUCUCCCUUUUCAAGGCCUCAGUCACCAUAUGCAGCGUCUGUGCCUUCAUCCCCAAUGCCCUCUGGAGCCAUGAGACAUAGUGAGACCCUAAGAGGGGUAUCUUCAUAUCAGACUCCAAUGCUUCGUUCCCCAUAUGGACCAACCAUUGUUGGCCCAUAUGAUUAUAUCUCUGAACCUGCCCCGGCCCCACUGCUUCAUGAUGCACUACAGAAUCGGUCUGGAUUGCAAAAUGUCUCAUAUUUAAGAUCACCAUUGAUGGGACGUCGUAACCCAUACGCACCUGCUGGACCUGAGCUUCAUCAUGCUCUUCAGCAGAACCCAAACCUUCGCCAUGCAUCUUACCAGACACCUAUGCAACUCAGAAGGUCCCCAUAUGGACCCCAGCCACCCUCCUCACCGAUGUUAGGAAGGGCUCUGCAAAACCCACAGUUGAUGCAGGCAUCUUACCGGCUGCCAGAUGGAACUCUGAUGUCACCAUAUCCACAGACACCUUCCUCCCCAUUGCUUGGUCAAGCAUUGCAAAACCAACAAGUUCGUGGAGCCUCUUACACCUUGCCUGAUGGAUCAGUUAUUCGGGACCCCCGUGUGCCCCAGAAGCCUAUGUCUCCAAACCUUUCUAAAGCUCUACAAAACCAGGAUCUCAGGAAUGCCACAUACACCCUCCCUGAUGGCACUAUUGUAGACCCCAGGCAGCAACAACCCAUCUCUCCAAACCUGGCCAAGGCUUUGGACAACAAAGCGCUACGCGAAGCCUCCUAUUCUCUGCCCGAUGGCACCAUUGUAAUAGACCCUAAGAAACCAAAGUCUCCAAACCUUGCAGCAGCUCUUCAAAACCCUUACCUGAAGAGUGCAUCUUACACACUCCCAGAUGGCACUAUCAUCAUCGAUCCACGGAAACCUGUCUCUCCUAGCCUUACUAGCGCCCUUCAAAACUCUGCUCUCCGCAAUGCAUCUUUCAUACUACCAGAGGGGGUUCAAGAUCCAAAUACACCAAUCUCACCAAACCUUGCCAAGGCUCUCAAUAAUCCAGCCUUGAAAGGAGCUUCAUACACGCUCCCAGAUGGAACUAUUAUAGUAGACCCAAGGAAGCCAAAAUCCCCAACCUUGACUGCUGCCCUGCAGAAUCCCUAUCUGAAAGGUGUCUCUUAUACGUUGCCUGAUGGAACCAUCAUCAUCGAUCCACGAAAACCAACCAUCCCUGACCUGUCUAAAGCUCUUGCAAAUCAGAACCUUCGUAACGCAACAUACCACCUACCUGAUGGGACCCUAGUUAUCCCUGGCCAGAAACCUAGUCUUGCCUCUGCCUUGAGGCAAAACAAAGGGAUGCGGUCUGCAAAUCUCUUUCAUCUGUCAGAUGAUUCUGUACUUUCGGGUGUCCCCAAACCUUCCACUCCAAACAUCACCCGUGCACUGAAGAAUGAGGACCUCCAGGGUGCCCAUUACAGGCUGCCGGAUGGCUCUGUUCUUACACGUCGUUUCCACAAUCCAAGCCUGUCUAAUGCCAUCCAAAACCAGCAGCUUCGCUAUGCCUCAUACAGGGUGCCAACAGGCCUACAGGGUGAGGAUAAUCGCUAUGCUGUGGUUCCACCCUACGGGCCAUGCUCAGGACACUGGGCCAGGAAUGCCCAGGGGGGAGGAGAAGGAGGGGAAGAUGUUUGGGCAGCUGAGAGGGUUUUACCACACGGAACUGUUCAGAAUCUGUCGAAAUGGUCCAUGUACAGAGAAGACGGGGUGUUGGAGGGAUAUUCACCCACACCAAGAGGUGUGGACGGGCAGCCUCAGGACGUAGACUGGACUCCUGAGAGAGAGAGGGUGCCGGGUCAAAGCUGGUAUGACAAGAUCUACUCUAUCCUUAGCAUGCCCACAACAGGCCACAGGGUGAAAAACUGGGCAGAGGGAAUGGAGGACAUGACACAGCUGCCAGAGCUGAAUGAGACCACGGUUCUGAUGAAUCUGAAGAAGCGCUAUGACCAGGAACUUGUAUAUACUUACAUUGGCAGCAUCCUGGUAUCUGUGAAUCCCUACAAAUUACUGAACAUUUAUGGCACAGACAUGGUGCUUCAGUACAACGGCCACGGCCUGAAUGACAACCCUCCUCAUCUUUUUGCCAUUGCUAAUCUCUCAUAUACUACCAUGAUGGAUGCCAAAAAGGAUCAGUGUAUUGUAAUCAGUGGAGAAAGUGGGUCAGGAAAGACUGAAGCGACUAAACUGAUCCUGCGUUACCUGACAGCCAUACAUCACAAGAGCAACAUCCCACAGCAGAUAGAGAUCCUAGAGGCCAUGCCCCUGUUGGAGUCUUUUGGAAAUGCCAAAACAGUGCGCAAUGACAACUCUUCCCGUUUUGGCAAAUACACACAGAUCUUCAUGGAGGAGGGUGUUAUCAGUGGUGCCAUAACGUCUCAGUACCUUCUGGAGAAGUCUCGCAUUGUCUUUCAGGCCAAAUCGGAGAGGAACUACCACAUCUUCUAUGAGCUGUUGGCGGGUCUUCCUCCUCACGAGAAGACCUCUCUGUAUCUGCAGGAGGCUGAGACUUACUACUAUCUGAAUCAGGGAGGGGAUUGUACCAUAGAGGGAAAGGAUGAUGGGGAAGACUUCAGGCGUCUGCUGAGUGCCAUGGACAUCCUGUGUUUUACCCCAGAGGAGCUAAACGGCAUCUACAGGCUGCUGUCAUCUGUCCUCCAUCUGGGGAAUGUCUACUUCCAGCCACACCAGGCUGAGGGUCAGGAGGUGGCGUCCGUGGUGAGCGCUCAGGAGCUCCGCACGGUCGCCGAGCUGCUUCAGGUCUCACCUGACGGCCUGCAGAAGUCUGUCACCUUCAAAAUGACUGAUACUAUGAGAGAGAAGAUCCUCACUCCGCUCACAGUGGAGAGUGCUGUGGAUGCCAGAGAUGCCGUUGCCAAGAUCCUGUAUUCGCUGCUGUUUAGUUGGCUGACAGAGCGCAUCAACGGACGGGUCUACCCUCGCAACGAAGCCCUCUCCAUCUCCAUAUUGGACAUUUAUGGUUUUGAGGAGCUACAGGUGAACAGUUUUGAGCAGCUGUGCAUCAACUACGCCAAUGAAACUUUGCAGUUCUACUUUAACAGGGUCAUCUUCCAGGAGGAGCAGGAGGAGUACAUGCGGGAGCAAAUCCAGUGGCAGCAGCAGCCCUUCAGCCACAACCAGGCCUGCCUCGACCUCAUCGCUGCUAAGCCUCAUGGGAUACUGCGCAUCCUGGAUGACCAGUGCGGUUUCCCUCAGGCAACGGACCACACUUUCCUUCAGAAGUGCCACUAUCACCAUGGAAACAACCCGCUGUAUGCCAGGCCAAAGAUGCCACUGCCAGAGUUCACGCUGAAACAUUACGCCGGGAAGGUCACAUAUCAGGUGCACAAAUUCUUGGAUAAAAACUUUGACAUGGUCCGCCAAGAUGUUUUAGACCUCUUCAUCCAGAGCAAGAACAGAAUGGUUUCCAGCCUCUUCUUGAAGCACUCAGAGUCAGUGUCUCAGCAGCGAUCCAACGUGCGGCGCAGCAGUGCUGCUCGCCGUUAUCAGGCCAACACGGUCAGCGCUAAGUUUCAGAGCAGCCUGCAGGAGCUGCUGGAAAAGAUGGAAAGGUGUAACCCUUAUUUUGUGCGAUGCAUCAAGCCAAACCAUCAUAAGGAGCCAGGAGUGUUCGACUUGGAGCUGGUCAAUAUUCAGCUACAUUACUCUGGCAUCAUGGAGACUAUUCAUAUCAGGAAGGAGGGUUAUCCAUUCAGAUUUCACUUUCAGACUUUCCUAUUAAGGUAUAAAGCUUUGCUCUGCCUAAAGGAUCCUCCACCUGCAGACGGAGAAAACUGUGUCAUCAUGCUCCACAGGCUCGGUCCAGUUAAAAGUGGCUCCUACCAGCUGGGAGUCAGUAAGAUUUUCCUGAAAGAGGAGCUGUACCAGCUGUUGGAGGGGAAGCGAGACCGUUUGCUAAACAUCGCCGCCAUGACGCUUCAGAGAUACACCCGUAUGUUUUUUGUCCAGAAAAACUUUAAAAGGUUCCGGCGACGUAUCAUCAUGUUCGGGGCUCGAGCCAAAGGCUACAUGGCCAGAAAAAAGUUUGCUCUGAGGAGGAAAUACCUCAUCGGGUUUCGCUCCACUGUGCUGCUCGUUGUCAAUCGCCAGCGCUACAUGAGGACAGUGGUGGAGCCUGCAAGGAAGGCAGAGGAGGAUCGCAUCAACAGAGAAGUGGUCAAUGUCACAACACUUCCUAUUCCUGCUGAGCUGGCUGCUUUGCUACAGGCUGCAUCAGGCGGCGAGGAGCUACAUUCUGACUGCUUGGCCGUAGUCCAGGCUCCAAAGGUUCAGGUUGACCCUCAGCUGACUCUGCCCCUGGACAUCAACAACUACCUCAUGACACACUACAUCCGAGCCAUAUUUCGGGAGCCGUUGUUCGGGAUGCUGACAGCCCCACUGGAUAAUUCUCUUAUUAGAGCAGAUGAGGAACUUAAACAAGGAGCCUUGAACGUUUUCAACCUGAUACUCAGGUUUAUGGGAGACCCAAACUUGAAUGGGGCUCAGGAGAAUCUGUUUGGAAACUACAUCAUCCAGAGAGGACUUGCCAAUCCCAACCUACGGGAUGAAAUCCUGGUUCAGGUGGCCAAUCAGGUGUGGAGGAAUCCGAACAUUUUGAAUUCAGAGCGCGGUUGGCUCCUGCUCUCCUCAUGUCUUUCUGCCUUUCUGCCCUCUCAAAGACUGGCCAAGUAUCUGCUGAAAUUUGUAUCUGACUACGGGCCGGAGGGCUACGACUGCGUGUGUCAGCACCGCCUGCUUCAGGCUCUGCAGCGGCUGAAUGUUGGACCCGAGUAUGUCCGGACAUAUCCGCCCUGUCUCCUGGAGUGGACUGCCAAUCGCAAGAAAGCUCACACUGUCCUGCACAUACACUGCUUUGAUGCUGUGUCCUUCUUGUGUCCUCUUCACUCCUGGACGACAGGAGAGGAAAUGGCCAAAGACAUUUUACAGCAUAGGGGUGUGGUGGAGGGCCGUCGAGGCUGGUCGGUGCUGCUGAAGGAGCCGGCUCAGUGGGUGGAGCUGGAGGGAUCAGACUACGUCUUGGAUCUGAUGUCAGAUCUUGAGCUUCCUGCUGACUUCCCCAAACACACCAGCUACUUUAUCAUUUCAGCACAGGAACCGACCAGAGUUCGACCCAACGCCAGCAUAAGCUUAUUGGGUGGUGGGUUCGACAUGAAUGGUGAUGUCAUGUCUUCAGCCUUCCCCGGCUCUGAUGGACAAGACUUUGAGCCUCAGAGAGGGAUGGAUCGUUAUCUGGACAGCCUGUUUGACCCAGUACUGUCUGACGGAGCUGCAGAGAUAGAAUCAGCCGCAGGACUUUCCAGUAGGAUGAAGGGGGCUGGGGGAGUCGGAGGAGCAUGGCAACAGCAAGGGCAGUCAGGCGGACACCCUCCUCCACCUGGAGCUGUGAGAGUCCUUCCCGUGGGAGGCGUGAUGUCGCCUCCUGUUGCUGCGGUGGCACCUGUAACACCUGAUGCCCAGCAGGCUGUUUUAACGGAGCAGCAGCAGGCAAUCGUGAACCAGCAGGCCGUCAUGAUGGCCCAGCAGAUGACCAUGCAGGCUAUGGCUAUGGUCAGCAGCCCAGUCACAAGCCCACCCACUUCCCCCAUCACCAGCCCACCCAUGAGCCCCCUGCUCCAACACCCUCCCAGUCCGUACGCCCCUGCCAGCCCCUACGCCGUCAUCCCUCCAAGCCCAUACGCUAACAUCCCACCCAGCCCGUAUGCUAACUUCACUCCAACCCCCUACGCUGCAGCAAACAUCCCGCCCAGCCCCUAUCCUCCAGCAGCACGACUGGUGCAAGCCACUGAGGUCCAGACUCACCCCGUAGCUCAGCCUCAGCCUCAGGCCUCCCGCCCUAACCCUAACCCCAACCCUCAGCCCAACUCCACCAAAACCAACAAAACUGAGGCAGCAAAGCCUCAAGCCAGUGCCGCUGCACAGGUUCAGUCAGAUAAGGACAGCAUCCCUCGAAGGAAGGCUCCUGGCGUUCCCAUAAACAAGGACAAACCAGCCAGAAAGUUUGACCCAGUGGUGACAUCUCCGCCGCCCCCUGCUGGAGAGGUGGUGAAGUACUCAACUCGGCUUUCAGACCAUAUCGUCCCCAGCCAAGACAUCCAAGAUAUCAUCAAACGGUACAACUCUCCUCCUCCACCUCCUGACGUGCUGCCACCUGGAAAGAGGAGACCGGAGGGGAAGUUUAAGAAGAAGCAAACGGCUCGUGAUGAAGCGCUACAGAUCCUCAAACCCCAGAUGGACAACCCUCCUGCUCCACAGCCCAAACGUCCUGUUGCUCCCUCACCCUCUGCGUCUGCAAUAAAAGAAGCAGGAUUCAGACCCACCAAGAGCACCAAGACAAGAGCGCCUGAUCGCCCACUUCCCAAACCGCCUCCAGUUUCUCGAGAGCUUCCCGUAGAAACAGAGACCAUCCUGACACAGCUUCAUCAGAGCGUCAACGAGGAGCACUACACCUACACUAAUGUUCCCUGGAGACUCUACCUCAGGAAGGAGGUUUUUUAUCCCAAAGACAGUUUCAACAACCCUCUGGUGCUAGAUCUAAUUUUCAAACAGAUAGUGAACGACACUCUGUCGGAGGCGUGUGUUCGCAUCACCCGGGAUGAAAGGCAGAAAAUGAAAGCUCUGUUCGCGAAACACGGGGUUCAGCAGAAUAUGGAUCCAGUGGAGGAGCACGUGAAGAAAACAAUCGUCACAGCAGCAAGGGAAACGUGGGAAAUAUACUUCUCUCGUUUGUUCCCGGCAUCGGGCAGUGUAGGAACAGGUGUGCAGGUGUUGUCGGUGUCUCACAGCGGUGUCAAGCUUCUGAAGACAGUAAAAAGCAGCGCUGCAGCCCCAGACUACUUCAGAGUGCUCCGACCCUACACCUAUGCAGACAUCCUGUUUGUAACCAUCCCCUCUGAGAACAUGCUGGAGUUUAAUCUGACCAAUGAGAAGCUGAUCCUGUUCUCAGCCAAGGCCCCGCAGGUCAAACAUCUCAUAGACACCUUCAUCAACGAGAUCAAAAAGGACUCAGACUAUGUGAUUGCAGAGCGAAACUUUGUGACAGACGACAGAUCAAUGCUCAAUUUUCACAAAGGUGACAUCAUCAGGCUGCAGGUUAUGGACGGGCUGGAGAAAGGUUACAGCUACGGAUGCGUGGUGAGAAAGAAGGUGGUGUUUUUGGAGGAGCUGAAAAGAGACACUCAGGACUUUGGUUGGAAGUUCGGCGCUGUGUUCAGCCGCUCUGGUGCUUUCCCGGCUGAAUGCGUCCAUCCCAUUGCUGCUCCCGACUUCCUGUCGCUGCCGCUGGACCGCAAGGCCGAGCCCCGAGGAGGAGCUGGACAGUUUGCUGUGUCAUCAGCUGUUGCUGUUGCCGUGGCGUCCACCAUGGCUGCGCAUGAGAUAGAUCAAACGAUAGAGAGGGUUUCCCUUGACGGCUUUGCUGACGGAGAGCUGGAUGAGAGGGCGCUGCAGGACAGUAAAUAUGACAUGUUAGAGUUUGCCAAGAAGUACUUCAGACAGACAGCCAACAAGAAGGGAGAUUCCCUAAAAAGCAAAAGCAAAAACAGAGACUCCAGAGAGCCCACUGAGAUGAUCAAGUUCUCCAAGACUCCUCUGACAGAGUCUCUGAUAGAGUUUACAGACGCAUCCAUGAACAGAGUAGCAGCUGAUCUCUUUCUGUCCGUGAUGCGUUUCAUGGGUGAUGCUCCGUUAAGGGGAUCAGCAGAGCAGGAGGUGGUCAGUGCUUUCCUGAAGCUCAUCGGAGAGUUCACCUUGAUGAGGGAUGAGGCUUACUGCCAACUCCUCAAACAGCUUACUGCUAACACCAGCUCCAAACCCGAUAGCUGCCAACGAGGAUGGAGGCUGCUCUACAUCCUGACCGCCUUCCAUCGCUGCUCCGAAGUCCUCAAGCCCUUCUUGCUGAAAUACCUGCAGCAGGCUUCUCGCAGUGCUGGGGCUCAGUAUCAAGGCAUCGCUAAAGCAUGUGAGCAGAACCUGAAGAAGACGUUCCAGUAUGGUGGCCGUAUCAUUCCCCCAAACAGCAUGGAGCUGAAGGCAAUGAUGGCAGGACGAAGUUCAAAACGACAGCUGUUUCUCUUUCCAGGAGGUAUUGAACGUCACGCCAAAAUCAAAACGUGCUCUGUCGCCCUGGAGGUGAUUGAGGAGCUGUGUUAUGAGAUGGGUUUACACAGACUGGAGGCCAUAGAAGAAUACGCCAUAUUUUUAGUCACAAACAGAGGUCAGAAUGUGCGUCCCCUGAACAAGCACGAGUACAUCCUGGAUGUUGCGACAGAGGCCGAGUCUGUCGAUACGAACUACAGCUUCUGGUUCAGACGAGUCAUCUGGACUCAGACGCUCAAGUUUGAUAAUGAGCUGUGUGUGGCCAUGCAUUAUAACCAGAUCCUGCCGGACUACCGUAAAGGUCUGCUGAAUGUUCUUCCUCAUGGAAAAGUGAGCGAUCAGCUGUUCCAUCAGAUCUCCAAACUGGCAGCUCUGCAGCACCGAGCCAAAGACAUCAUCUUCAUCCCCAGCAUACACGAAUUAUCCGAGUACAUCGCCGCUCCUCUCUUCAAAAAGCAGCCACCCCAGCAGUGGGUUACCAUGGUGACGCAGCACAUGCAGCAAGUGCAGACCCUGAACCCGCAUCAGGCCAGAGCGCAGUUUCUGGGAUUGGUCAGUGCGUUCCCCAUGUUCGGCUCCGCGUUCUUCUACAUCCACAGCAGCAGCUCCACCACCUUCUACGCCCCCUGUAUUGUUGCUGUCAAUCAACACGGUCUCCACUUCCUGCACAAAAAUACACACGAGCCCAUGGCAGUGGUCCCCCUGGCGGAGGUGCAGUCCAGCCGUACCCAGAGGCCCUCAGCUGGAACCAGUUACCCAUACGUGGACCUCACACUGGGAGACAUGAACACACAGCGGGUCAUUCAGCUGCAGUUAGAGCAGGGCCUGGAGUUGUGUCGAGUCAUCGCCAUGCAGGUGGAAAACAUGAUGUCUGUGCGUGAGAAGAGGCUCACCCUGCCACCCAGCGAAAUCACCAUGUUAUAACACCUGUUUUCUUCUACGCACACGUAUACAUCCUCAUAUAUCCUCAUAAGAUACAGCCUACCUCCUCCUGUCUUCAGGUUUCUGUGUCUCACACACACACACACUAAUGUGAAUGUAAAAGUGUACUUGAUUCUAAUACUACUGCAGCUACACAUGAGGAAUCAUUAUCAGUUCAUGUUUAUUUCAGGUUGACUUCUAAUUGCACUUACUACUUUAAAUAAAUACAAUUAUGUUUUAUUUCUGCACAGACGGUGUUAAAAUGAACUGUAAGGAAGCGUCAUAGGCUUGUGCCUUCUCAUUUGGAAGUUUUAUAACUUAAAUACAUGUUUUUUAUUUUUAUACUGUUCUCUGUAAACUAAAUAUGUUAACAACUGUUAACUUCCACAUGUAUUAUUACUUUAUUAUUUUGUAAAGACUAUUUUAUCAAAAUAAAAC